AUGACUGAUCAAGGAUCUAUGAACGCUACAAUAUAUAACCGAUAUUCCGAUAUUGGGGAAUCAAUACGUACAUUUACAACAAGCAAUACAUGGGGACGUUGUCAACAUACGGACUGGGAUGCUUGCGAAUUGGCGCGACUUCAAGAGCUUAAUGAAGCUCGACAACGAGCAGCCCAAAUGGAGAAGACGAUGCGCUGGUGGUCGGAAUGUACUGCAUCAUGGCGGCAGAAAUGGAGUACGGUGCGAAACGAACGAAACCGAGCUCGCGAAGAAGGACAUUCGUUGAGGGUAGCACUCACGGAAGCCAAGGAGGAGAACAAGAGAUUAUUAAGUUCAAAACGAGCCGUAGAAGCAGAGAAUUCGCGCAUGAAAGCUCACAUGCAUUUACUACAAAAAGAACGAAUAGCCAGCCGAAUGCCGCUAGAAGUGAAUUCCCCACCAGAGACACCGUCAAUAACGUUUGAUGAAGAGUGCCAAGCACGACCGGAAUAUAUGCACGUCUCAACGAUCACCGAUCAACCAGUAUGCAUUACGGAAUUGAUUUUUACAGUUGGAUGUGAGCUCGCGAUGGAUGCGUUUGGAUGGGUCGCAGGGAAAGUUAUUCGAAAGCAUGCGAAAUUGGAAAACCGGUGUAGUGAAUUGCAAACUGAACUAAUGAUGAUGGAAGCUAAAUGUGCUGAACUUGAAGCUUCUCGUAUAGCUGCCAGAGAAGAGAUCGAGGAGUUAAAACGUUUUCAAGAACAAACAUCCCUAAGUGGUGGUACAGUUUCACAGAAAGAUGCAAGGGAAGUUGAAGUGAUAAAGUCGGAACGCGAUGAAGCACUGAGUGAAGUUCAGACGCUGAAGAUGGAAAAGGAAUUUCUGAUGCAACAGCUUAAAAUGUUGAAGAUUACGAUGGAAGAAAAUGAGCCUGAACCACCCAGGCCCACCUGA